CGAAUUCACAUAUAUAUAAGUUACAUACAUGCACACAAAAAUUGUAUGUAGAUAUAUUUAUGGCCGAUCCGUAUAGCAACGUGCCCAAAACCCCAAUUGACCAACCAACUACAACCUCCAAUCCCAACCCCUUUAUACAAAUUCCUCCUACUCUUCCUAACCCUCCCACAUCAACCCUACCUGACGAUUCCUCCUCCUCCUCAUCCCCGCGAGGCUCGACAUUAGGAUCGUCGAGGAGGCAUCCGGUCUACCGGGGAAUCCGAUGUCGGAGCGGGAAAUGGGUGUCCGAGAUUCGGGAGCCACGUAAGACUACAAGGAUAUGGCUUGGCACUUACCCUAAGCCGGAGAUGGCUGCGGCUGCAUACGACGUGGCGGCGAUCGCGCUGAAAGGGCCUGAUACUCCCUUGAACUUCCCCAACUCGAUUCUUACGUACCCAAUACCGGCUUCCUCCGCCGCGAGUGAUAUACGGUCUGCGGCGGCUAGGGCAGCACAGUCGAGGGCAGAUAUGUUGGCUCCUCAGGAGAGGGAGAGCGGAGGGAGAUCGGAGCCGAGUGGGGUUGAUAAUGAGGGUGGUGGUGGUGGGGUGGUGAGCCAGCAGCAGGAGGAGUAUAUGGAUGAGGAGGAGCUUUUGAAUAUGCCGAAUCUGCUGGUGGACAUGGCGGAGGGAAUGCUGGUGAGUCCGCCGAGGAUUUCUUCCGACAAUUCCCCUGGGAAUUCCGACGGAGAAAAUCUUUGGAGCUAUUAAUUAAUUAAUUAAUCAGAUUUCCAGUGUCGUAGCUAGGGUCACGAUUUGGAUCUUCAUUCGGGAAAGAAGAAGCGAAAUCAAUGCUUUCAUUGUAACGGAUAUCAUCAGUACUGAUUAAGGGUAUGACUCACGAAUCGCAAUAUAUUAAUUAAUUAGUUAUUUUUGUGUGUUUUUGUUGGAAUAAUUUUAGGUUAGCUGCUUCAGCACACGUACUGCUUUCUUUCGUUUUUGAAGCUGAUUUGUAUUUUUGUUAAAGUGUGUAUAAUACCAGCUCUGGGAAAUUAAAGGUUAUUAGGUGAUGGAUUUGUCUA